AUGGACUUAUCAACUAACCCUUUAAACGUCAUGCUCCCAAAUGCAAUCGGCAACCUCUCCCACACUCUCCAAAUUCUCCACCUUGAAGAUUAUCUAUUGCAUGAAAACGAAUUCACUAUCUUCCCUCCUAGCCUAUGGAGCAUUAAAAAUCUUUUGAUUCUCAACUUGAGUUCGAAUAACUUGAGCGGUUCUCUACUUCAAGAAAUCGGGAAUGCAAAGACGGCAAUAGCUAUUGACCUCUCAAAUAACAAACUAUCCGGAGAAAUUCCAAGUAGUAUUGGAGGCUUAACAAGAUUAAUCAAUUUUUCUGUGGCCCAUAACAAAAUUCAGGGUUAUAACACAUUUGGCAAACUCCUGGAUCUAUAUUCAUUGGAUCUUUCUGAUAACAAAAUUUUCGGAAUGAUUCCCAAGUCAUUAGAGGGACUUGUGAGCAUGAAGUAUUUCAAUGUUUCAUACAACAGAUUAAUUGGAGAAAUUCCGAGUGGAGGUCAUUUUGCCAACUUCACUUAUGAAUUAUUCUUGUCGAAUGUUGGUCUAUGUGGUACUCCUCAGAUGCAUGUCCCACCUUGCCCUGCUAAUACUCCUCGGAUGCAUCAAUCAAAGAAGAAUAGAGUGGUUCUCAUUGUACUUGUCUCGUUGGCAGUUAUUGUACUGCUAAUUGCCUCUGUUACUGUAUACCUGAUUUUAAAGAGGCGCAAGAAGGAGCUUCCCGAUGAACCUGACUUGCUUUCCACAAUAACACCAGCAAGAUUUUCGUAUUACCAACUCCAAAGGGCAACCAAUGGAUUCAAAGAAAGCAACUAG